AUGAGUUUACUUAAUCCACAAUUCCUUCAACAACAUUUCGCUCAUAUGGCUGGUGGCGGCGGAACAGAAACAUUUCACGCUGAAUAUAAUUGUUAUUCAGCUAUAUUUCUAACCGAUCGCGAACGUCCAAAUGUUGAAAAUGGUGGCAAAGUAUUGUUACCGCAAACAGCAUUAGAAGAAUUAGCUGAACAUGUAACAACUGUUAUGUUAUUCAGAUUAAAAAACAAACGUCUUGAUCGCAUGACGCAUGUUGGUGUAUUUGAAUUUCUUCCCAAUACUGAUACGAGUUGUUUUGUACCAAGUUGGAUAAUGAGACAUUUAUUAUUGGAAGAAGGUGAACCAGUUGAAUGUGAAUAUGUUACAUUACCAACAGCUCGAUUUGUACGUUUUCAACCGCAAUCAAAAGAUUUUCUUGAUAUAACAAAUCCAAAAGCGGUAUUAGAAACAGCAUUAAGAAAUUUUAGUUGUUUAACCAAAGGUGAUAUGUUGGCAAUUAAUUAUCUUGAUCGUAAUUAUGAAUUAUGUGUGUUAGAAUUAAAACCAGCUGAUGCUGUUAGUAUAAUUGAAUGUGAUAUGGAAGUUGAUUUUGCUCCACCCAUUGAUUAUGUUGAACCUAAAUAUGAUACAACGUCUUCAUUAUCAACAUCAACACCCAAAAGUAAUGAUAUACCCAUUCAAGGUGGUACAAAUACUGAACAACAAUAUCCAAAUAGCUUAAAAGCAACAACGUUUAUGCCAUUUCACGGACGUGGUAAUCGUUUAGACGGAAAAACAAAAACAAAAGAAGGACAUGAUUUACGUGAACAACAAACAAAAUUACAAACAGCACAAAUGUUGAAUCAACAACGUGGCAUUCCCAACUAUGAGUAUGAAUAUGGUACAUUACAAUUUAUCCAUAAUCCUUUGAGAAAAAAUAAAGACGGUGAUAAAGAUAGUCAGAAUACAUCAGCAAGUGAAACAUUUACUCCAUUUUCUGGUGAAGGAAAUAUAUUAAAACAGCCAAAAUCACAACGAAGGCAAUAA